GUGCCGAGGAAACUGUCCUUUCCUGCUCUGCGAUGGAUGCUGCACUUCGGGGGACUUCCCACCCGCUGCCCCAUGGAGCCCAGCCCUAGAGCCCAGUUCUCCCCUCUCCAAGUCCUGGGUCUCCAGCCUCUGUGGUUGGCUCUUCUGCUAGGACGGCCAAUCACUCCCCACCAAUCGCAGGCUGCUAGUCUUUUGCUAAUGCUUCCUCUUUCCCUUCCAGGAGGCUUUGAUCUGGUUCAGCAAGACAGGAGAGGGCGGAAGGAGCCGGAGGCUGCAAUCUGGGGGGGACCCAGUUCCUGCAGUGCCGGGAGACCUACCCAGAGUCCGCCUGUGAGGAUGUGGCUGUACCUGGCCGCUCUGCUGGGGCUGUACUUCCUCCACCGAUGGUACCGGGAGCGGCAGAGCGUCGAGGGCCUCCCGGAGAAAUACGUCCUGAUCACCGGCUGCGACUCCGGCUUCGGGAACCUGCUGGCCAAGCAGCUGGAUGCGCGGGGCCUGCGGGUGCUGGCGGCUUGUCUCACCCAGCAGGGCGCGGAGCAGCUGAGGAAGGCGACGUCGGAGCGGCUGCAAACGGUGAUCCUGGACGUCACCCGGACUGACAGCAUCGCCGCGGCCACCGCCUGGGUGAAGGAACAAGUGGGGGACAAAGGGCUCUGGGGCCUGGUGAACAAUGCGGGGAUCGCCAUCCCCGCGGCUCCCAACGAGUGGCUGACCAAGGACGACUUCGUCAAGGUGCUGGACGUGAACCUGAUCGGCCCUAUCGAGGUGACCCUCAGCGUCCUGCCCCUGGUGAAGCGAGCCAGGGGUCGGGUCGUCAACGUGGCCAGUAUAAUGGGCCGAUUGUCCUUCUUCGGAGGGGGCUACUGCCCUUCUAAGUAUGGCGUGGAGGCGUUCUCCGACAGCCUCCGGCGUGAAAUGCUGCCUUUCGGGGUGAAGGUGUGUGUGAUCGAGCCGGGCUACUUCAGCACCACAAUUACCAACCCUCAGAUCAUUAUCGAGAACUUCACUCGCCUCUGGGAGCGGCUCCCCGAGGAAACCAAAGCGAGUUACGGGGAGAGUUACUUAAACGCUUUUAUCCGUGCCACCCACGAUAUGCAGAAAUCCUGCAACUCCGACCUGUCUGUCGUCACCCGUUGUAUGGGGCACGCGCUGACGGCUCGCCACCCCCGCACCCGCUAUUCCGCCGGCUGGGACGCCAAGCUGGUCUUCCUCCCGCUGAGUUACCUGCCCACCUGGUUCGCCGACAUCGUGCUGACGUGGUCUUACCCGGUACCGGCCCAAAAAGUGUAGGAGGAAGAUGCGGCGUUAGAAUGUCGGCAGGGGGCAGUGACCGGAAGAGCGUCGCUAACACACGGGUUCCGAAUUCCCGGCGGGGGUGAGACCCCCUGUCCCGUGGCGCCCAGCUGAGACUAUGCAAAUCAGUUCUUAAUUACAAAUGUUGAAUCAAAGCAGAGCUCCUUGGAGUUUGCUUCACCAGUGCAACCGCUUCUCCGUGUCCUGGGAUGGAAUGUGGUUUUCUAACCAACCCCGGCACAACACCUCCCCUCCCUUUAACCCACUCCCCGGACAUAGACCACCCCCUCCUUGUGUCCGGGACCCGCCCGUCCUUGGAAUUCAGCUCUGUUUCCUAUCUGCCUGUCCCCAAAUCUCCAUGAUCUGUGUCCAGGGUCUCCCGCACCCCGGCGACCCCAGCAGGGUAACCCAGCCCAUCUGGAGGGGAGGCAGCAGUCUGAAACUCCACCAUACGAGAGCCUCUGAUGAAACCAACCCACUGCAUGCUGCGCCUCUUCUCGGGUCCAGGGCCAGACCAGUUUGGCCGCUGGAUGGAUCCCCUGCUGGGAGUUGCAGGCAAGGCCGAGAGCGAAUCGCUAGUCAGCCCGGAACAGAUCCUGCCGGCCGGCAUCUCCGAGAAUGACUUACCCCGCAGAUUCCUUCCUAAGCACUUCCUCAACACCCGGAAUAGACCCCGCCCUGCAGCUUCCCAAACACCAGGCAGUCUCGGACUCCUUUUGAAAAGAAAAAGCCCAGGCUUGUGGUGUCUAAAGAGCUUGUGCGAGAAGCUGUCACAAGCAAAGAGUCCAGGGCUUUCCCACAAAGGUCAGUGACAGCUGGAUUUCAGCCACUGAACCCAGGUGCCUCAGUUUCCCAUCUGUAAAAUGGGGACAAUAGUUCAUUUCUCCCAUGCUUUGUCUGCUCUGCUUAGCAGGUCAGCUCUCCGGGGCAGGGUGUGACUCAGCGUCUGGGCAGCGCCCAGGACCCCGGGGCCCUGAUCCUGGUCCGAUAAUAAGCAGCAGUGGGGACUACCUAGGGCUAAGCAAUCAGGAACACCUUGGAUUUGCCUUCCAGAGACAGAUGCUGGCUGGCUGUGAGUUCUUGGGUCUCUGGAUUUAGACAGGCUGUUUGCUUAAGCUAGACAUGAUGCAACUGGGUCUCCUGACACAGGGGAUGGGGAUGCACCAACGGACAGGGACGUCUCUCACACGGGGGUUAAUUUGGCAGUGUUUAUGCUCCUUUCUAUUUACCUCACUAGGAUUUGACUUCCACUUUUUAAAAGAAGCCUUUUUAUCUCUCGCUGCUUCUUUCACAUGGUUGUUAAGCCACGGUGGCUCUUUUUUAGUUCUUUUACUGUGUUUCUUAAUUUGGGGGAUACAUUGAAGUUGGGCCUCUAUUAUGGUGGCUUUGAAAAGUUUCCAUGCAGCUUGCAGGGAUUUCACGUUAGUCACUGUACCUUUUAACUUCUGUUUAACUAACCUCCUCAUUUUUACAUAGUUCCUCUUUCUGAAAUUAAAUGCCACAGUGUUGGGCUGUUGAGAUGUUCUUCCCACCACAGGGAUGUUGAACGCUAUUGUAUUAUGGUCACUAUUUCCAAGUGGUCCUGUUAUAGUUACCUCUUGGACCAGCUCCUGCGCUCCACUCAGGACUAAAUCGAGAGUUGCCUCUCCCCUUGUGGGUUCCCAUACCAGCUGCUCCAAGAAGCAGUCAUUUAAAGUAUCGAGACAUUUUGUCUCUGCAUUUCGUCCUGAGUGACAUGUUCCCAGUCAAUAUGGGGAUAAUUGAAAUCCCCCACUAUUAUUGAGUUCUUUAUUUUGAUAGCCUCUCUAAUCUCCCUUAGCAUUUCAUCAUCACUAUCACUGUCCUGGUCAGGUGGUCAAUAAUAGAUCCCUACUGUUAUAUUCUUAUUAGAGCAUGAAAUUACUAUCCAUAGAGAUUCUAUGGAACAUGUGGAUUCAUUUAAGAUUUUUACUUCAUUUGAUUCAACAUUUUCUUUCACAUAUAGUGCCACUUCCCCCCACACACACACGACCUGUUCUGUCCUUCUGAUAUAUUUUGUACCCCAGAAUGAUUGUGUCCCAUGGAUUGUCCCCACUCCACCAGGUUUCUGUGAUGCCUAUGAUAUCACGAGGCACUCUAGUUCACUCAUCUUAUUAUUUAGACUUCUAGCAUUUGUGUACAAGCACUUUAAAAACUUGUCACUGUUUAUUUGUGUGCCCUUUUCUGAUAUGUCAGAUUCUUUUUUAUGUGAAUGUUUCUCGUCUGAUCUGGCCCCUACUUUAUCCUCUUCCGUCCUCUCCUCCUGACUAGAACCUAGAGAAUCUCUAUCAAUAGACUCUCCUCUAAGAGAAGUCUCUGUCUGAUUCACGUGUUCCUCUGCAGCAGUCGACUUUCCCCCGUCUCUUAGUUUAAAAACUGCUCUACAACCUUUUGAAUGUUUAGUGCCAGCAGUCUGGUUCCACUUUGGUUUAGGUGGGGCCCAUCCCUCCUCUAUAGGCUCCCCCCGUCCCCAAAGUUUCCCCAGUUCCUAAUAAAUCUAAACCCCUCCUCUCUACACCAUCGUCUCAUCCACGCAUUGAGACUCUGACCUCUGCCUGCCUACCUGGCCCUGCGCGCGGAACUGGGAGCAUUUCUGAGAAUGCCACCAUAGAGGUCCUGGAUUUCAGUCUCUUCCCUAGCAGACUAAAUUUGGCCUCCUGGACGUCUCUCCUACCCUUCCCUAUGUCAUUGGUACCUACAUGUACCACGACCACUGGCUCCGCCCCAACACUACACAUAAGUCUAUCCAGAUGCCUCGAGAGAUCCACAGCCUUUGCACCAGGCAGGCAAAUGACGAUGGCAUUGGUUGAACAGGUUUGUGUCCCACCCCAGUAUUGUUUGUAAUUCCAAGCGUCCUAACAAUACAGGGAUAGCACCGUUGAUUAGGAACCCAAUGUGUCAAGAGAAUAUAUGAACAAAGUCAAUAAACACAAAUGCACA